AUGGGAAUACCGCACGCCUGCGUCUUUCCCGCCCUUGACGUCUUACCACCGAACCACGACAACUUCCGCAUCCAGUGGAAUCUGCCGCACGCCUUCCUGGCGCUCCCAUUCGCCUCGGGCAUCGGAUCCCUUUCCACCUUGGCACCGCCUCGCCUCGCCCGAAACUCGCAAUCCUCGAUGGCUGAGGACGAUUCCACGGGCCGCUUCGGGCUCGAUGAGCCCGUUUUCGGCUUCAUGGGCGACGCGAGCGCCGUCUCCGAUAGCAAACUCGAGGCAUCAAACGCACCUUCCGACAGCAGCGGUCAGGCCUUUACGGCUCCUCGCCUUGGGACUUCAAGUCAACCCCACUUUCGACUCGUUCGACGUCAAUCCCGCUGGCACCGCACCUCCCGUUUCAGCUGGGCCCAGGCCUCGUCUCCCUCGUUUGAUGGCUUCCCACCCCCGUGGACCCGACGACCGUCUUUGGGCCCGACCAUGUCACAUGAAGAACUUCGAAACAUCGCCAUGCCCCCUCACUUGCAGUACAAUUCGCCCAAGAGCGCUUCUAGCCCCGACUCGGCCAAUAGCGAGGUCAAGGCCGGAGCUGGCUCUUCACCCGAGCUGAUGGGUCCAACAAGCAGGAAGGAUUCCCGAAAGCGAAAGGUGUCUGACGAGCUGGAAGACGACGAUGAUGUAGACGACGAGGAUAAGCCCGUGAAGAAGACGGCCCACAACAUGAUCGAGAAGAGGUACCGGACCAACAUCAACGACAAGAUCGCCGCGCUGCGCGACAGCGUCCCUAGCUUGAGGAUCAUGUCCAAGAGCGCCAGGGGCGAGGAUACGACCGAGGAUCGCGAAGAGCUCCACGGCUUGACACCUGCGCACAAGCUCAACAAGGCAACCGUGUUGAGCAAAGCGACCGAGUACAUUCGCCAUCUUGAGAAACGCAACGGUCGCCUGAUGGACGAGAAUAGCGCCAUGAAGGAAAGGAUUGCGGCGUUUGAGAAGCUCUUCAUGGCCGGCGCCAUGAACGGUUCCAUCAGCCCGAUGCAGCAUCCCCCAACUCCAAUGCAAUAUCCCCAAGAGAGCCAACAGCAGUUUGCUAAUUCGCCUAUGGCAACGGCGCAAGAGAGCAAUGCCAACCCGGCCGCCGUUCCGUGGAGCAACCCGGCCGUUAUACGCCAGCAGCAGAUACAGCAGCAGCAACAGCAGCAGCAGCAAAUGCAACAAACCGGCUGGGUAAACGCAAGCCCGUACUUUGGAAAGCUCAUGCGCUCGACCUCCACGUCAUGGGAUUCCACGUUUACGUCUCUCAAGCUGCUACUAUUCCUGGGCUCCAUCUUGUGGAUCCUUGUCCCGUCGCUGUUUGCAUCGUCGGGUGAAAGGGUCAAGAAGCAACAAGCGACUGGACUCGAGCGCGCGCCGUCCCUGGCGUCGUCGAUCGACGUACGCCGCCAAGCGUGGCUUACUGCAAUCCAAACAGUCUGGGUUCCUCGGCACAACUUUCUCCUCGAGGCCUCUGCGCUGAUCCUCAAGGCCAUCAAGCUGAGCCUGCGCAAUGCCAUUGGCGUCCAUGGCUAUCAGAUGUUGACUGGACUGACUGAAGAGCAAGAUACUGCGCGCGUCAAGGCAUGGUCAAUCGCGCUCGACUCGCAACUCGCUGGAGGGGACAUUGACAUUUGCAGGAGUCGGCUUGUCUUGACCUUGCUCGCUUCGGGCACCCUGCCCGACACCCCUGUCCGCUUGAUGCUCAAAGCGCUCCACAUCCGCGUCCUUUUGUGGGACUUGAGCAACAGCAACUGGCAGCUGGGAGCCAUCAACGCAAUCGCCGCAAAACUUGCCAGGAAACGGUGGAACGAGGCGCGUCAGCUGAAUCGUCUGCUUGCUCGGCUCCGGCGUGGCUCCGCUGCCCCGCACGAGCAUGAGCUGCCAGAGCAUCUCGUCGCAUUGGUCGAACAGGAAUGUGAUGAUGUGCUGAGUGCCUCGGUCGUGCAAAGAGCCCACAAUCUGGCCUUUAACGUGGAUACCACGCACAACGCCGGCAACUCCAUUGACGGCAUGGAUGCUGUGGUUGACGACGCGGCGGUGGGUUCGCCUAUGGACGCUGUUGCGGCUUGGUGGUCGACUCAAGUUUUGCACCACGUCCUGACUGCCACACUGGACGAGAAUGCACCGGCGCUGCGAAGCCAGGAGCAGAAUAUCGCAUUGGCCAUCAAGGUUGCGCCGAGGGGCUCCGCUGCUCAGAUCCGCGCGGCCCUGGCCGGUGCGGUUCUGCUCAAGGGGUCUCGUGGCGAGAACAUCGAGCUGGCUCGCCAGGCGAUGGCGACGGGGAGGGCGGAAAACACCAUCAGCGGCUCAACCCUAAUGUUUGGACCUGUUACGCGCCCUGACCGAGACUUGACAUUCACCUCGACUGCGCGGUUGCGAUUGCUCGGCUCACGGAUCCAAUCCAAGGCAGGCGCAGACACGCGAUGUCUGGGCCUGGUGGAAGGCAUCGCCAAGUCGGAGCACAUGUCGUCAAUGACACUCCUGGGAUUCACUGCAGUGAUGGAGCUGAUGAAGCACCUGUUGAAGCACGAGGCUGUCAAGCACGAGCUUGAGGUGACUCUGGGCAAGCUUUCAAGCAAUCUUAGACUCUGGAUGGGCAGACCGCGCGCAAGGAAGUGCGGUGUCAGCUCCGAAAUCCGGAACAAGAUGGUCGAGAGGUGUCUUGCGGCGACAAAAACAUUGACGGGACCGGACAACGACACUGGAUACGGCAGCUUAAGCGAUACCGAAGACAUGAAUGUCUGA